AGUAACCAAGCCCAUCGCUUCCCUCCCUCCAUCACUUUCGGUAGUUCUCUCUCUCUCUGUCUCUCUCCUCUGUGAUCUCUCCUCUUCCUUGAACCAGCUGCUAACCUCCCGAAAGACGACGAACGUGCUUCUAUUCCACAGCUCUUGAGUUGGGCUGACGGGACGCGGCACGUGAAGUACAAGUACGGGGAUAUCUCGGUUCGUUCUCCUUUUUCCAUCGGAAGGAAGUCGAAAGGAUCUUCUUGAAUUAUGGCGUUUAAUCUGGAGUCUAUCUCGGAGGCGACGUCCGGAGCCGUCGGAGCUCUGGUCAGCACCACCGUCCUCUACCCGCUCGACACCUGCAAGACCAAGUAUCAGGCCGAGAUUCGAUCUCGCAAUCAUCAAAAGUACAGGAACAUUUCAGAUGUCCUAUGGGAGGCAAUUUCUACUGGUCGGAUUCUUUCAUUGUACCAGGGACUUGGAACGAAGAAUCUCCAAUCUUUCAUUUCACAAUUUGUCUACUUUUAUGGAUAUAGCUUCUUUAAAAGACUGUACUUGAGAAAGAGCGGCAAUAAAAGUAUUGGAACAAGAGCAAACCUGAUUGUUGCAGCUGCAGCUGGAGCUUGUACUGUCAUUGUGACACAGCCCUUGGAUACAGCAUCAUCCAGGAUGCAGACAAGCGAAUUUGGUAAAUCUAAAGGACUUUGGAAGACCUUUUCAGAUUUCACAUGGAGGGAAGCAUUUGAUGGUCUUGGCAUUUCUCUCCUUCUAACAAUAAAUCCAUCUGUUCAGUACACUGUAUUUGAUCAGUUGAAAGAGAGAUUGUUGAAGGAAAAGCGGAGCAGAAGUAGAGGUACGGGGUUGUCUCCUGAGUCUCUUUCUGCCUUUUCAGCUUUCGUCCUGGGUGCAGUCUCCAAGUGUGUUGCGACCUGCAUAACAUACCCAGCUAUCAGGUGUAAGGUCACGAUUCAGGCUGCGGAAUCAGAUGAAGAUGAGACAAAGGAAUCUCAGGCUAAAGCCGAGAAGACAAUUUCUGGCGCAAUGUAUGCAAUUUGGAGACGAGAAGGCUUGUUGGGUUUCCUCAAGGGACUGCAAGCUCAGAUCCUGAAGACGGUGUUAAGUUCAGCAUUACACUUGAUGGUUAAGGAGAAGAUCACAAAGGGCACAUGGGUUCUAAUGCUUGCACUUCAAAGGUAUAUUUUGGUCAAUCGCAUCAAAUUAAAGAACGCUUGAUAUUGGUGCAUGUCAUCAAAGUAGUGGGUCGUAGAGUGGUGGGAUUACAAGUUGUGAUCAGGGGCCUCUUCCAAGGGAAAGGGAAGAUAAAUCAAAUUCUAGCAGACGGCGACGGCUUCUCCUGAGUAAUAAUGUGGGAAUGGUUAGGUUUGUUAAAGAAUUAUAAGUGGAUAUCUAUCUAGAUUUCUCUUACUGCAUCUCUGAUGCUACUUCGCCGGUC